CUGUAUUUACUAUGUUUGAAAUGUUACAAUAUUUAAUACUCCUUUAUUCUGUCCGCAUUGAAUAAAAUCAAGGCCAAAGCAAUUAUUAUCAGAGUUGGCAAGAAUGAACUACGAAAUAACACGAACAGUACCAACUGCAGAAAUAGCUCCGUUCACAGAUAGAUUGUACCACCUGAUCGUGUUAUCUGUGGUAUGUUUGUUGGGAAGUUUAAUGUUUGAAAUUGAAAAUCAACGCGAGAUUAAAUUGAUUCAAACGUGAAAUAUGCAGUAUUUCAAACGAGUUCACACAGCAUGGAGUCAGGGACAGAUGGCGGAGACGCAGGUAAAGAUAGGUUAUGUUGGCUUGUGUGAGACCACAAAAUAUAACGUUCUCAUUCCUGCGAGGUAUAUAUAUUGACAAUUUUAAGUAAUUUUGACGUGUGUAGAACUUGCAUUUCCCCAUACAAAAAGAGAUUUGUCUCAACUUUUCUUCUUUCUACUUAUUGCUUUGAUGUUAGAAUUAUGUCAUUUCAUGUGGUACGUAGAUCCUAACAUGGGUAUACACAUCGCGUUUUUUGCGGUGAGAUUGCAAGAAAUGGUUUGGGUUCACAGGAUUAUCUGUAUUACCUCUGCCCAUAUAAGUUUGUAGGUUAUGUGAAAGUUUCACCUAUGACAGUAUAUCUUUCGGUUAUCCGGUAAUGUGUAUGUGAUUAUUAAAAGCUUGUAAUUUACCAUUUAUGUUGAUGGAAUUCAUGUAACCAUCACUAGGAACAGGAAAAGGAAGGCUGGCCUUACAUUUGUGAACAUUGUUGUUUAAAGUUACUUAAAGUUCAUACACAUGUACACUACAUUUAAUUCACACAUAUUAUCAUGUACUGAUAUAAUUUAUAUCAAGAACUCUUAACAUUGCCUCACAUUAGAGGUUAAAUCAUUACCUACCAUGAACUACUUCACCAUAAACAAAUAUGAAGGUAACAGUUGAAGAAUCAGAUUACUGCACUCCUGAAAAUGUCACUUUGCUUUAAUUAUGCUGAACAUUGUCCAUUUUCUUCUUCCAAAUUCCUUAAAUGCCUUCAUGACAAACAAUGUUGCACAUAGGGACAUCUUUACUUUUAUCCUGAAAUGAAAGUAAAGUUGUCCCUUCUGCAUAACUAAGCAUCAUACCAUGCAGACAUGUGGGGGAGUGGAGGUAUAGCUCCACAGACUAUUGUUUUUGGUUAGAAAUUACUUAAAUGCUGAGGUGAUUAUUUAUGCAUCUAUAAUGCCUCCUUCCAUGCAGUGUGAAAAAAGACAUGAAGUUUGUGAUGUGUGGAUUAAUUACUUUUUAUCAAUAUGUUUAACUGUUGCUUUGUGUGUCACAGCAUCUGACAUUUUGAUUGAGUUUCUGGAAGUUGCAAUCCACAAUGUCUUAUAUGUAAGAAACAUUUAUCCAACAAGUAUAUUUGUCAGAAGAAAGAAAUAUGGAGUUCCAGUUCAGAUGUCUACCCACCCUUAUCUAAAUGAAUACAUAACAGAAUGUCUUAAAACAAUAAAAGAUUUGCUAACAAAGAAUGAAGUGAGAAAGGUAACUGUUGUAUUUUUUGAUGAAGCUCAGAUACCAGUGGAGAGAUUUAUAUUUGAUAUCCUGGAUCUCAACAGAACAUUAAACCAAGAUGAUCCAUAUUUCAUUAAAGGUGAAGAAGCUCUUCGAGGAUUUUGCUUGAAACUUGCUAUGACUGGAAGUAACUUGAAACCUCUUCCAAGUAAGAGUACAUUCAGAGUGCAACUGCAUACCAUAGAAGCAGUGUCAGUUUCCUUAGCAGAGGAACCCAGAUAUCAGGACUUUCCAUGGAUUGAAACUGUUGAACAAGAAACAGAGGUGAUGAAUCCAAGCAUUGUACCUAUCAGAACGCUGGACACAGGCUUCCACAAAUUGCAGGUGUAUGUAGAAGAAAGUGGUGAAAAGUAACAGUUUUUGUAAUGCUUUCACUGUUACUGGUGGAACUGUAGGUUGCAACCUAACAACAUAACAGUUAUAAUCAGGGCGUGUAUGUAAGUGUUGAACAUGUUGCUUCUGUAUGAAGCAUAAAUUGUUUAUUAAGUGUAA